AUGGCCCCUGUUAUCAAGUCUGACAGGUUCAUGGUGAGGCGUUAUGACCACCUCCAAGUCCUAGCGAACACCAACCUAGAAUUACCAGAUGUUGUUGGUGAAAUCCGCUCUGUCCAGGGGUCUGAUCUGAGCAACGAAUCUGCCACCACCAGAUUUGUGGUUCGCUUCUUGAUUGAACCGAAUGUAACUGUGUACCUAACUUUGUGGGAUGAAGCUGCAUCGACCUUCAGGGGCCUCUUGAAACCAGGGGAUAAAUCCAAGGCUGUAAUGUUGGUAACCACUGUUAAUCCAAAACUCUUCGGAGGUUAG